AUGAUCACCGGCUUCUUCCGAGGCGGUGGGGGCUGGAGGAACGGUUCUACAUGCGAGAUGGCGGUGAAGCAGCUGCAAAGCCGACUGAGAAACCUGAAGAAAGAAACGGAAAAACGGGUCCAGGACCGUACCGGCAGAAUAGCUCGGUUCGUAGACGAUGGGGACGUGGGUGCCGCGGAGCAGAUAGUGAGGGACGAGAACGCGAUCCGGAUCCUCGAAUUGCUGUACCAUUCGUGCGACGUCGUCAAGGCCAAUCUCACCUACAUACGCCGCCACGUGGACUGCCCUAGGGAGAUCAACAAGGCGGUCUCCACGUUGGCGUUCGCCACCCCACGUUGCCCCGAUCUCCUCGAGCUUUGGAUCCUUCGACAGCUCUUCUUCGAGCGUUACGGCGAGUUCUACGAUGUUGCGGCGGCGGAUGCGGCGAGUCUCGAGGGUUUCCGUGGAAGUUUCGUUGACUCGGAAGUGGCGGAGAGGCUGGAGUCGAGGCAUGCUAGGGUUCCUUAUCCUACCACGCUUGCAAAGGUUUGUGCGAUACUUCACAAGGACGUUGGAGCUCGGCGACGAGGAAUUAGUACCACUGGAUCCUGA